AUGAGAAUCCCCUCUGGUUUUGUCUCCAGGGCCCCGGCCCCUCCGCCGUCUCCCCGGCCGGCCCACGUCGCCAGAUCGCCGCUGACAGAUGUCAAUACCAUGCCGCUUCUCACGGCGGGACACGAUUCUGCCAUCGAAGAAGAGCUCGCCGAGAUGAGGGACCAGCUCGCAACCCUCCAUGACCAGAUUGAGCCACUGCGCGAUCUCAACUCGGUCCUGCAAGUCCGCCUGGCGGUGCAGCAACAUGAACUUGCCGCCAACCAGCGAGGCUUGGAAUGUGCCCUCGCCCAGUCGCGUGACCUGGCCGCGGCGAACUUCGCCCUCAAGUGCCGACAAGGUCAGAUGGAAGACCAGAUUGCGACCGCGUUGCAGUCGGCGCGACUUCCACGCCUCUCCAUCCAAGUAAGCUCCGUCGUGUCUUACCUUGCUCCCCCGGCUGUUUGGGUGCCCCCCGGUCCCCCACCGCAAUUGUGCUACCCAGGCCGGUCCGCCUCGAUGUUGGAUCUGGUCAUCAUCCACGCGUGGUACCGCCGUCUCGGAGCCGGCGUAGUCCAAGCCCGCUACAGCGCAGAAGAGUACCGUCACAACUUCGCCGGUCGCAACCGCGUCGAGAUCCGCGACCAGAUGCCCGCCGGAUACCUCCACGGCUGGGUAGAGUCUCACGAGGAUCACGUCUGCCGGUACUACGUCCCGGCGCUCCCGAUCCCAGGGUGGCCCACGCAACUCAGAAUCCACAACAACCCGGCCAAGGGAAUCUUCAUCUGCGCGGUUGUCUAUGACGGUGCCGGCGCACGCGCGAGCCAAGACGGCAACAUUUUGCAGCACUUCCUUCCUCGAGAUGUUACGUGCGUCAUCGACACAUUGUCCCUGUACUGGGAGAAAACCGUGAAGCUUUCCCGCUCUCGGGACCUUGACAAGUAUGCACGAGACGUCGUCGGGGUCAGCGACGAGUUCCGCAAAUGCUGGGACGCCGCGAGCGGCACCAUGUAUCAGAGCCUCCUGGCUUAUCCGCGCCGUUCGAGGGCCCUUUUCGACAUCCAACGAGAUGAGAGGUCCUUGACCUCCAUAGUGGUGAACAUACUGGAUGAGCCGGGUGACCAGCGCUGGUGGAAGCUACUGGCGAUGGGUACUGAGCGAAUGCUGCCCAACCUUAUAAUGGCUGAGCAUGUGCUGGCGGGCAUCAUCUGCCAUGAGUUGGGGAACGGGCAGCCCGUUGCUACCGAUACGGUGGAGAUGUUUGCCAAUCCGUUUAUGGAUGAGUUCACGAUGUGCAUUGAUGUGCCGGAAGAUACAGUUGUCGUUGACGCUGAGCCAAAGGACGGAUUCGUCACUGAGUCUGAGUCGGAAAGCGACGCCGAGCCGGGAGACGAUGCUGAGUGA